CCUCGGGGUCCUCACCGACUGCGUCCUCUCCUAUAAAGGCUGACGCCGCGCCGCGCCGCGCCGCUGUGGUGGCCUUGUCCUCUGCCUUCAUCUUGGUUUAGCAGACGCUGCCCAGCUCUGGUCAGCCUCUGGCCCGUCGUUUCCUUGAGACAGAACACCAUGCCUUCAAUUAAGUUGCAGAGUUCUGAUGGAGAGAUAUUUGAAGUUGACGUUGAAAUUGCCAAACAGUCUGUGACUAUCAAGACCAUGUUGGAAGAUUUGGGAAUGGAUGAUGAAGGAGAUGAUGACCCAGUUCCUCUACCAAAUGUUAAUGCAGCAAUAUUAAAAAAGGUCAUUCAGUGGUGCACCCAUCACAAGGAUGACCCUCCUCCCCCUGAGGAUGAUGAGAACAAAGAAAAGCGAACAGAUGAUAUCCCUGUUUGGGACCAAGAAUUCCUGAAAGUUGACCAAGGAACACUUUUUGAACUUAUUCUGGCUGCAAACUACUUAGACAUCAAAGGUCUGCUUGAUGUUACGUGCAAGACUGUUGCCAACAUGAUCAAGGGGAAAACUCCUGAGGAGAUUCGCAAGACCUUCAAUAUCAAAAAUGACUUCACUGAAGAAGAGGAAGCCCAGGUGCGCAAAGAGAACCAGUGGUGUGAAGAGAAGUGAAAUGUUAUGCUUGACACUGUAACACUGUAAGGAUUGUUCCAGAUACUAGUUGCACUGCUCUGUUUAUAAUUGUUAAUAUUAGGCAAACAGUAGACAAAUGCGCAGGAAAUCAGUUGUAUUAGCAGAAGUUGUCCUCACUGCAUGUGUAGUUUGAGCACAGACUCCAAACCUAUGGCCCCAUGGCUGAGUUUCUCCUGGUAUGAUGAAAAGGUUUUCUUUUUCCUUUUUUUUUUCUGAAUAAAACUGAACUGUGGGUUCUCUAUAGGAAGCAGCAUUUUUUGGGCUUUCCUUCUUUUUGUAAAGUGAUUUUUGCCUAGUUUAUUGUCCAGUUAACUUUAGUUUAAUGACCUUUUAAAAGUUGGCAUUGUAAAUAAAACAACUUGGAAAGUUUUCUGAAGUAGAAUUAACAACGUAUUAUCUUUAUUCAUGAGUUGGAAACUGGAAAAAGGUUACUGAAGUAAAUGUUCUGAGUGGGGUUAUUGGGAUGUCUUCCAGCUUCCUGGAGUCAGGGAGUACCACUGAUAGCAGUAGCCUGUUCUUACAUAGCAGGGCUCCCUUUAGUGAAUCUGAGAACUUGUUUUUGCAUUUUUAAUCCUCAACUUUGAAUAUGUUGGCUAGAGACUCAGCUACUACUCAGUUUAUGGCUUGGGGGAAAUAAAACUAGACAGUUUAUUAGCUUUUCAGUUAAAAAAGACACAACCCAUGUGGUAUGUCAUCUUUUUAUAAUCUGAUCUCAUGUAGGGAAAACUGUUCACACUACUUGCAUGUAAAAAAUAAACCUUUAACAUUAAAAUGUGUGGCAAAACCCAGAAGUCAUCAUGAAUGCAAGAUAACUUUCAAUAAAAAGUAAAUUACAUAG